AUGUCUGCCAGCAUAUUUGAAGAGUUGGCGUGUCUAGUUGGACCCAAAAUAAAACGUUUCCCAAGUCGGCCUGAUAUAAUAUCAGUUGGAGAAAUCCUAACUGCAACAUUGCGGUGCAAUGAUUGUGGUCAAAUGUUUACACUAUGGUCAAGAUUUAAAAGACAUGUGAUUCGGCACCAUCAGUCUAAUAAUCAGAAUGAUUUAAUUAAUGACAAUGUCAAUUUAGAUGAGUUUACGAAUAGCACUGGCCCCUUGCCUGUAGAUAGUAAUAUUCCUAUAACAUCAACAACUCUCAUUAACCUUAAAGUGUCAGAUACUUCUCAAUCCAAUGAGUUUAAAUCCAGUGCAUGUACUGAUACUUAUGUGAAUGAUGAUACAAUAGAGACUCCACACAACAAAUUCAAUUUAGAUUACCAUUUAAAAACAAAUAUUAAUAAGGCGUUAACAUUUACUCUUUUUCUUCACAAUAAUAAUAAUUUUUCUAGAAAAGAUGUGCUAGAAGUUCAAGAACAAGUAAACCAAUAUAUAAUCAAGCCACUAUUAGAUACUUUCAUAAAUUUUGCUAAAUCCAAUUUUCAAAAUGAACAGCCUUAUUCUUUGUAUAACAAUUUUUCUAGUUUAGUGUCAAACCUACGUAAUCCUUUUAAACCAUUUGAUUCUGAUUAUAAACUCUAUAGUUUCUUAAAAAAUGAAGGCUAUGCAACAAAUUUUAAAGAGGUGACAAUUAAUGAUCAAUUAAUGCCAGCCCAUCGAUCCGGAGAACUACAAAACAGACAAAUAACAACCAAAGGUAUUUUGAUGCCAUUAAAAUUCCAAUUCAAAACAUUUUUUGAAGUAAAUAAAUUAAUUAGCCCUACUCUUAAUUACAUUACAUCUUUAAAACAAAAUAAUGUUAGGCUAACUAAUUUUGUACAAGGUGAACUAUGGAGAGAAAAAAUGAAACUAUACCCGGGAAAAACUUUAAUACCUUAUAUUUUAUAUGUAGAUGAUUUUGAAAUAAACAAUCCUCUUGGGUCUAAUGCUUCAAAACAUUCCAUUUGCAACUUAUAUUACUCAUUCCCAUGUUUACCAAUGGAAGAAUCUAGAUUGGAAAAUAUUUUUUAUGCUGCUAUUACGAAGACAUCAGAUUUAAAACAAUUUGGCAACGAAAAAUGUUUUGAAUGUCUCAUAGAUGAGUUAAAAGAUUUAGAAAUAAAUGGAAUUGAUAUUAAUGAUAGCAAUAAUGUAACAAUCAAAAUACAUUUUAUCUUAGGUUUAGUCGUAGGUGACAAUUUAGGAUUAAACUGUUUUCUCAAUUUCAGUAAAUCUUUCUCUAGCAGUUAUUUUUGCAGACUUUGUAGAGCUCCAAAAGAAAUGACACAAAAAUUAAGCUGUGAAAAUUCAGAAUUAAUGCGCACAGAAGAAAACUACCAGUUAGAUGUUUUGGAUCCCAACUCUAAAGGAGUUGUUAACAAAUCCUUACUAAAUAAUAUUCCAUCCUUCCACGUAGUCAAAAACUACUAUGCUGAUAUUAUGCAUGACCUUUUUGAGGGAGUCUGUCAUUAUAAUACCAUUCAUAUUAUCAACUAUUUUAUUACUUCUAUGAAAUACUUUGAUUUGGAUACUUUGAACUCUCGAAAGGAAUUUUUCGAUUAUGGCCCAAAAGAAAUUGAGAAUAUUUCACCCAAAAUACAGCUUCACCAUCUUAAAAAAAAAAAAUUAAAAAUGUCUGCUAGGGAAAUGAUGACUUUCAUUAUGUAUUUUCCUGUUAUGAUUGGAGAUCUCGUUCCUUCGGAUGACGUAGUCUGGAAAUUUCUUAUCAACUUUGUUGAAAUCAUUGAUAUUUUACUUUGUUUCGAGAUUGAUGAGUGUAAUAUACUGAUUUUGGAAAAUAAAAUUAAUACACAUAAUUCUGACUAUAUCACUUUAUUUAAUGAUACAUUAAAACCAAAAUUUCACAAUUUGACUCAUUACCCAAAUAUUAUUAGACAAUCAGGACCUCUAAGGAAGAUUUGGUGUUUCAAUUUUGAGCAAAAACAUAAACAGUUUAAAGUUUAUUCACAUUGUAUAACCUCACGAAAAAAUAUAUGUUUAACAUUGGCUAAAAAGUAUGAGUUAAAAUUUGCAUUUCAAUUGUUAAAAGGGACAAGUUUUUUUAAUGCUAUUAUUUCAAAUGAUAAUCAUCUGGUAGAGAGUAAUUUCAAAAAUCUCAUUAAUAAUAAAUUACCAAACGUUCAUGACGUUUCCAUCCAAUUUUAUUCACGAAUUUAUUUUAAAGGAGUUGAAUACAGACAAGGUUGUUAUAUUUCAGUUUUUAAUAAAAAUAUUUUGUUAUACUUGAUACAUGAAAUUGUAGUAGUAGAACGGAAGCAUGUUUUAUUUUUUUGUCAACAUUUACAUAGUGUAAAAUUUGAUGACCAUAUACUUGCAUAUGAAGUAGAUCCUUUAAAUUUAGGUUCAUUUUCAAUGAUAGCUGCAGAUGAAAUAAUUGGACCACCUAUUCAUUUAAUUAGAACUGCAGAAGGCAAAAAAGUUAUACGCCUUAAAGAAUAUUAUCGUUGCAUUUAG